UCGCACGCGGUUUUUCACGCUUUCUCACGGUUUCGUGGUUCAAAAUUGGCCAAAAUGAAGAAAAAACCGGUCACCCUUUCGGAUAAGAUCAAUAAAUUGUUCGACCCGGACGCCGCGCCAGAGUAUUCGGAUGAGUCGUGUUCAGACGAGGCGGCGCCCAAGUUCAGCGAGUUCGACGAACUUCCGGAGACGACCGGCAAUACCGGGUUGAGUGAAAUCCGUAAGCGCAACGUACAGCUGCUGGAGGACAUCGAUCAAAAGUAUGGAGGAACCGUUUCCUCCCGAAAGGAAGCAUUCGGUGAGGAUGAGGACGAAGAUUACUUCCGAGAUGAUGAUGAUGAUGAUGACGAGGAGGACGACAACGACGACGACGACGGUGAUGAUGAUGGAGAAGAUGAGGACGAGGAGGAUGAUUUUGGUGAAGAUGACGACGAGGACGAACAAGAGCGGCACGUGGUAAAGAAAGGUUCUAUUUUGCGCCUAAAGCCACCACAAAGUGAUGAUGAUGAUGGCGGUGAAGACGAUUCCGACGCAGAUGGUUCCGAGGAAAGCGAGAACGAAUUGGAUGAACAGGAUGAUUCGUUUGCUACAUACCUGCAACAGACCAAGGCACCGCCGGCACCGAAGGCAAAGCUAAUCACGGAAGAGAAUCAUCAGGAAACGAUUGGCAAAGGCCUAGCGGUACAGAAUCAGUUAAAACUGUGGGAACGUAUGCUCGAAAUGCGAAUCAAGCUCCAGCCAUGUGUUGUGGCGGCCAACAGCUUACCCUCAGUCGGUACCUACGAGAAAUUCAACCGGGAAAGUAAGGAAUUUCACGAAAAGGUCAGUGAAGCGACCAAUACCGUUACCGAUGCGCUCGACAAUCUACUGAAGCUGCAGGAAAAGCUGUUUGAGCAGUUUUCUGAAACCAAACAACUCCUCAAAGCGGGAUCGAAGCGUAAAGCGUUGCAUUCGCGAUUACAUUCCACCGGCAAACGGAGUGCCGUAGAGGAAUACGCAGCAUGCCUGGCAGGUCGAACACACGAUAUGACCGACUAUCGGAAUGGGGUACUGAUGAAGUGGCACGAUCGUACAAAGAUCGCUUCCAGCGUGCGAAACCAAAACCAAUCGUUGUCAGUGCUAAAGAAAAUCGAAGACAGUCUCAUCAACCGCGAGGAACUCGUACGGAAAACGCAGCUAUACCGCGGUGGCUAUCAGCGACUCGGGCGGCCUGCGUCAGACUCCGGCUCAACCGAGCAAAGUGAGAAAACCCAACCAGCCAAUGGGCGAGAUAUCGAGGACCAGGAUCAGCCAGCGGAAGCGAAACCUGUGUAUGAUGAGGAAAUCUAUGAAGAUUCCGAUUUCUACCAUCAGCUGCUGCGUGAGCUCAUCGAAUACAAAACGAACACCACCGAUAGCCCGCAGGAGAUCGCGAACAAGUUGGCGGAAUUGCAGAAGCUAAGGAAUAAGAUGAAAAAGAAUGUAGAUACAAAGGCUACCAAGGGGCGCAAGAUAAGGUACGUGGUGCACAAAAAGUUAGUUAACUUUAUGGCCCCCAUACCGGACUACGAUUGGACGGAUGAAGCGAAGGAUGAGUUGUUUGGGUCGCUGUUCGGCAAAAUUCCAACCACCGCUACGGAAUGAAGCUGAGCUAAGCAAGAAGUGCAAUCAGCGAAUGAGUAAUAAAUUGUUUUCAUGUUUUGCACAAAAUAUUUUUAUUAAAGCUUCCUGAAACCUACCAAGCACCGUACAUUCAAGGGAAAGUGUGUCACGUUUCGUUCGCAACUAGGUAAAUCGUUGAUUCAACAUAACAUAGCGCUGGCAUGGAAGCAACUUAGGCCAGCAUGUACCCCAGCAAUA